GGACGACAAAUUCUAAAGAAGAUCCCUCAUCACCUUCUUCUUCGUACACGAUUCUGUUUCGUAAGCACAAUUCGAUCUCUCAUUUCUCUCUCUUUCUUCCCAGAAUCCCAAACUCUCUUGCAUUUCUCCCCAAAUUCCCCGAUCGACUCUGCAAUUCACUUGGCCUCUAAACUCCAGCUUGAUCGACGACCAGGAACAAAGUCGUCUCUCCUGGUCCGGAUUACGAUUUCCGGUCGUCAAUUUCUGCGGCUUCAGUAGUCACCAUUUUUUUUUUCGGUUUCUGGAUUGGAUUGUCAGAGGAGCUGAAGCUUCGUCUUGUGCUAGGGUUUUCGAUGAAGGUUUUAGCGAUUUCUAGGGUUCUGCUCUGAAGAAAUGUCUUGGCGAGGUUGAUGAUUUCGGUUCUGAUUGGACUGUGAGUUUUGGAUUGGGGGUGGAAAACAAGGUGGCUAGGGUUUAUAAUGGUCGAUUGAGAAUGGUGAGGAUACUGGGACUGACUCGGGGUGAGACGGACGAGUCGCCGCGGGAGAUCACCUCGCGGACCAACAUAUCAAGUGAUUCCGGCGAGAAUGGGUGGCUGAUUCGCUUCUUCGACUCGGCGUUCUUCUGCGAGUGGAUCGCCGUGAGCUACCUGUACAAGCAUGAACACUCCGGGGUUCGAGACUAUCUCUGUAAUCGAAUGUACACUCUGCCAUUGCCAGGUAUUGAGAGCUAUUUGUUUCAGAUAUGUUAUAUGUCAGUACACAAACCCAGCCCCUCUUUGGAUAAGUUUGUCAUUGAUAUGUGCUCUAAGUCCCUUAAGAUGGCUCUCAAGGUGCAUUGGUUUUUGCUGGCCGAGCUCGAAGAUUCCGAUGACAAUGAAGGGAUUAGUAGGAUACAGGAGAAGUGUCAGAUUGCUGCUACUUUGAUGGGCGAGUGGGCGCCGCUGGUUCGGCCUCAGAGUGAGUCUAGUAGCCCCGGGAGUAAGAACCAGGUGUUGAAUAGACUGUUUUCAUCUAAGCAGAAACUGUUGUCAUUGACGUCUUCGCCGCCUGCUCAGAAGUCUUUUUCAUUCUCGCCUUCAUCAGGAAACAGUGUGCCAGAGGAUGGUGGAGGGCAGUUGUCUCCUGAUGAGAAUAAGAUUUUUAAGAAGUUCAUUCCGGGUCCAAAGGUUAGGGAUGCAUUGCUGUUUAGGAAGUCGGCGGAGAAAGAUGAGGAUGACUCUGAGAAGGAUGGGUUCUUUAAGAGGCUGCUAAGGGACAGUAGAGGUGAUGAUGAGACGGGGUCGAAGCGUAGAGAUUCUUUGCUAUUUAGGAAGUCAUCGGAGAAGGAUGAUGAUGAUACAGAAAAGGAUGGGUUCUUUAAGAGAUUAUUAAGGGAUAGUAAAGGGGACGAUGAAGAAUUAACUUCUAGUUCAGAGGGGUUUUUUAAGAAAUUGUUUCGUGAAAGUAAGAGCGAUUCCGAGGAUAAAUCAGUUUCUAAAUCAGUGGAGGAUGAAGAAAAAGAUGGGUUCUUUAAGAAGUUUUUCAAAGAGAAAUUUGAGGACAAAAAGGAUAGAAAUGAAGAUGAUGAUACAGCACACUCAGAAGGAAAAUGCUCGAAAUCAGCUGAAGAUGAUGAGAAAGAUGGGUUUUUCCGAAAGUUAUUUAGUAAUAAGUUUGAGGACAGGAAAGAUGGGAAUGAUAAAACUGAGGAAGGGAGUGCCAAUGGGGAGGACGAAGAGCAUUCUGACUUUUCAUUAUUCCGAAGAUUGUUCCGCGUGCAUCCUGAAGAUGGCAAAAGUAUUGCUAAUGAAAGCACCAAUGGUAGCAGCUUGUUAGAAAGUAGUCCAGGCACUGAGAAUUUUUUCCGUAAAUUGUUUAGAGAUCGAGACCGUUCAGUUGAAGAUUCAGAGCUAUUUGGUUCAAAAAAACAUAAAGAGAAACAUCCUGGUUCACCAAAGCAACAAAACGAAAAGUCAAGUGCAAAACCCCCACUUCCAAGUAAUUCAGCAUCCCAUUACCGUAAAGGGGCAUACCAUGAGUCAUUGGAGUUUGUGCAGUCACUAUGUGAGACGUCGUAUGGUUUAGUGGAUAUAUUUCCAAUUGAAGAUCGCAAAAGUGCACUUCGUGAGUCACUCGCAGAGAUCAAUUUGCACAUUGCCAAGGCUCAAAAUAAUGGAGGAGUUGGCUUUCCAAUGGGGAAGGGGAUGUAUCGCGUGGUGUAUAUACCAGAAGAUGAAGCUGUUCUUUUGAAUUCUAGGGAGAAGGCACCCUACCUCAUCUGUGUUGAAGUCUUAAAAAGUGAAAUUCCAAGCAAUCCAAAGGAUACAUCUGGCUCUCAAAAGCUCUCUCGAGGAGGAAUUCCUUUAGCAAAUGGAGAUGCACUUCUGCCAAGACCACCUCCCUGGGCAUAUCCUUUGUGGACUGUCCAAGAGGUCUAUCGUAAUAGUAAUGAUAGGAUGUCAAGUUCUACUGCUCAUGCAAUUGACCAGGCAAUGUCACAUACGCCAGAGGCAAAAAAGAAAUUUGUUACUCUGAAAAUAUCUGUGGAGAAGAAGUUGCCUAGCCAGACUCUGAAAAUAGAGAAUAUAUCAAACAGUAGUAGAGGAAAGGCUCUUAAUUGUGCAUCAAAAGAAGCACGAGGGAGUGAUUUGGAGUGGGUAAGGGUGGUGCUUACAGCAGAUCCUGGUUUUAGAAUGGAGGACAUUGAGGAUCAAGGACCAUCUCGACGGAAGGAACACCGUCGUGUUCCAAGUACAGUGGCUAUAGAAGAAGUAAAGGCUGCUGCAGCAAAAGGAGAAGCACCUCCUGGACUCCCUUUGAAAGGGGCUGGUCAGGAUUCAUCAGAUGCACAGCCAACAGCUAAUGGUGGUACUCCUAAGGCCAGCGAUGCGUUGUCUGGUGAACUUUGGGAGAUAAAGAAGGAGAGAAUACGGAAGUCUUCAGUUUAUGGAAAGUUACCUGGUUGGGACUUGCGCUCUGUCAUUGUGAAGAGUGGUGAUGAUUGUAGACAGGAGCACCUUGCUGUGCAGCUUAUUUCUCACUUCUACGAUAUAUUCCAAGAAGCUGGGCUUCCCCUCUGGUUGCGACCUUAUGAAGUCUUAGUGACUUCUUCUUACACAGCUCUUAUUGAAACAAUUCCAGAUACGGCUUCACUUCAUUCUAUCAAAAGUAGACAUCCCAACAUCACUAGCUUGCGACACUUCUUUGCUGCUAAGUAUCAAGAAAAUUCUCCAACUUUUAAACUUGCCCAGAGAAAUUUUGUUGAAAGUAUGGCUGGAUAUUCCUUAGUGUGCUACCUUCUGCAGGUGAAAGAUAGGCACAAUGGAAACCUCUUAAUGGAUGAAGAAGGUCAUAUUAUACAUAUUGAUUUUGGCUUCAUGCUCUCCAAUUCACCUGGGGGUGUAAAUUUUGAGAGCGCUCCAUUCAAGUUGACACGUGAACUUCUUGAGGUUAUGGACUCUGAUGCUGAAGGAGUUCCAAGCGAGUUCUUCGAUUACUUUAAAGUUUUGUGCAUUCAAGGGUUCCUUACAUGUCGGAAGCAUGCGGAACGUAUUAUUCUUCUUGUAGAGAUGUUGCAGGACUCUGGUUUCCCAUGCUUUAAAGGUGGUCCACGGACAAUACAGAAUCUAAGGAAACGAUUUCACCUGAGUUUGACAGAAGAGCAAUGUGUGUCCUUGGUGCUUUCCCUAAUCAGCAGCAGCUUGGAUGCUUGGCGGACACGUCAGUAUGAUUAUUAUCAGAGAGUAUUGAAUGGAAUAUUGUGAUGUUAAAAUUCAUUGAUGAUCACCUGAUUUUAUUCAAGAGCCACCUCGGUGAGUGUUGAUCACAAGUGCAUAUGUGAGUGGGCUUUGGCUUCUGAUUCUCCUCGGAGGUGAAAAGGAUUGUUUAUAGUGGUUUUGGCCUGCUUUCCUGGGUGAGGAAUUUAUAAUUGUAUCGGCAUAUUCAACAUCUAGAAGGGUAACAUUAAUCAGCAGGGUACUAUUCAUUUUCCCACUUGUAAUAUGGGACUCUGCUGGCUAGUGGGAAUUCACUUAUUCUAGAGGAAAGGACAGCUCCCAUUCACGGACUCCCCACACUGUACAGAGUGAUUGCAAUUGAGGACUGAUCAGAAAUCCAAUGGCUUUGAUAAUUUCUUGGUGUGAUGCCAUUGCAAUAGGAGCCAGCAUCAUUGAUUUUGUAAAUCUACUGUUUUCGAUUGAAGUUCGUAGUGUCCGAGUCAAAGCCUGGAUACGCACUCUAAUCUACAAGAGGUGGCGUUCUUUCGAAUCUGGUUUCAGUUGGGCGGCAUCCAUAUGCCAGAGUGAUUUUUCCAUAUACUUGUAUCAGGAAGCUGUGCAAGCAAAGUUCGUGAAAAUUUGUAUGUGAUUGUAUUGUGUGUAUAAUUGAUCCCAUUUAUACAGUGAUAUCUGAUUAGUCCAAUUUCAUCAUGUAUGUAAUUUUUUUUGGCAUUGAUCUCAAUUUCCAGUUAGUGUAACAUUGCAUGUAGGAGCU